AUGUCUUUGAGAAAGCAACAGAAGAAUACCGAGAAGCAAUUGAUUGAUAUUGUCAAUAGCCGAGUGAAUGAGAAUAAAUGUGGAGAGUGUGGCAAUUCAUAUCCAACAUGGGCCUCAUACAACUUGGGAAUUCUCUUAUGUGGCCGUUGUGCCUCUGUUCAUAGAAAGCUUCUAGGUCCUCCAAACAAGGAUAUUUCUAAAGUAAAAUCCUUGACUUUAGACACUUGGACUGAACAGCAAAUGGAGAAUUUGAGAAGAAUUGGAAAUAAAAAAGCCAAAAAGAAGUGGAACCCAAAACGAGUUCCAUUCCCAUAUGAUGCAGAUGAUGAUGUUACAGUUGUUGAACAAUAUAUCAGAGAUAAGUAUAUUAAUGGAAAGUUCCGUGACGACAAUAUCGAAAACGCGGACUAUGAUGAUCGUUCAAGCAAAUAUAGUGAAGAAGAAGUGAACAGAAGACUGCGCUCAAAUAGUGCAGCAAGUAGAACUGUAAUUCCUAGACUUACUUAUAGAAAGUUAACUACAUUUGAAUAUACUCAGUAUCCAAUGCAAGUUUCCAAAAUUAUGGGAUUUGGAUACAAUGAUAAGGAUGCAGUUUUAGAAAGUUUGUUACUAACAAAUGGAAACAUAGAUAAAGCACUUGAUAUCUUAGAACAAGAAUCUAAAAUCAAUCCCAAUAAAACUGAGAGGCCUCCUGAUCUACCAAGACGUCCUACCGUUUCUUCAACUGCUAGUGGUGCUGCCACCCCAUCUGCUGCUGGUAUUACUCCAACCGGCUCCUCUGGAGCUCUGCAACAACAACAAAAAGCUAAUGAGUGGUGGAACCCACAUGGUGCCGCUGCUGCUCCUCCAGCAUCAAGUACUCCACAGAUUUAUCAAUAUACUGAUCCUCUUACUGGACAAGUCUCAUAUAUUGACUCGAAUGGACAAGAAUAUUUGGAUCCAAACAACCCACAACAUCAACAACAAUUGAUGCAAAUGACCAACCCACAAUUAGUUGCUCAGCAAACUGCAAAACAAGGUAUCUUAUCUUUGUACAACCAGCCAACCCAAUUCAUGACUAAUGUGGCAGCACCUGUAUCUCAAGUUCCACAAGGACAACAAACUCAGCAACUGCUUCCGCAACAGCAAGUUCCGCAACAACAAGUCCCUCAACAACAACAACAACCACAACAACAGUUUGGAUUCAAUCAGGCUAGUUUCCAACAGACCGGAUUUGCUCCUCAAAUUCAAGGACAAUUCCCUCAACAGGGCCAGCCAGGACUGGCGCAACCGGGUCAAUUUACGGGAUUUGCACCAACUCAGCAACAACAACAACAACAACAAAUGUAUCCUUAUCGACAACAAGGAGCAGGAACUGGUCAGCAAAGUUAUUGGGGACAAUGA